UGCAAUAAUCUUGGUGGAGUAACAGCUUUCGAGUGUUCUCGGACGCAUAACGGGCCGGCGGUCCGACGCGAGCGCACGCUAGUGUUGUGUCUGUGAGUGACUGUGUGUGAUAUAUUGAACAGGAUAGCGACAGUCGCUGAUCACGCCCUGCAGCUAACGUGGGUGUGGAUCAGAUAAGCCGAGUAUUGAAUAAAAUGUCCCGGUAGAGGGUGACCAUGGGGCAGGCGGGCAGCACGGGUCCUGAGCUGCGGCCCCGACACGCGCACACUCUGCCGCAUGAACCGCUGAGACACGCACCCAAGGUCCUACCGUCGCUGACGGAGUCUCCUCGCCUCCGCAGCACCGAUAACGGUGUGAUCCUACAGUCCGGUGGAACCAUCAGCGGCCGCAGACCUGGCUCUCUGCAGCCGGAGACUACGAGGAUUCCUCAGGGACAUGUGCACUCAAACGUGUACAGGUCAAGGUCCGCUGGGGGAGCUUCUGAGGGAGAUUUGAGGUCACGGGAACGAGACCCUCUGCAUAGAUCACACACGAAUUUGGACCUCAGACAUGAUUCAAACGGUCUAAGCAAAAGGUUCGGGUCGGAACCUGACCUGAGAAUCGAGGAAGAGCAAAAGCCAAGAAGUAGUAAUAAUAGACAUUUUAAGAAGAAGUACCGAGCGCCGCAACCGCCGACUGCAGAUCACCGAGGAGGUUCAUCGCCUGAUUCCUGCGAAGGGAACGCGAAAGCCGAACCACAAAGGAAGCUGAGAUUAUUUAAAACGAGAAAUGAGACCAAAAAACUAAACGGCCACAAUGAUUCCAAAAUACCGGUAUACAAGAAUACGUAUACCGACUUUAAAUCUUUAGAUUUCAACGACAAUUUUGAGAGGAGAUACAAAUCACCUUGUAAAGAUAAAGAAACAAGUUUACUUUACAUAGAUAAUCAAGACAUGGUCCAAAGUUCGACAUCACUAAAACAAGAAGAGAGAUUAAUACAAACGAAACAAGAUUACAAAAUAACUAGAACCGAUAGAGUGAGUGGAUGCAGGGCUAAGACAUCGAAACCAAACGAGCACAAAGAAGCGUGGAAGACACCACUCUUAGACAGGAACUUUAGGCAUUCCGAUAGAUUCAAGAAGGAGGCCUUGGAGCCGCCGCUAUUACGAAGAGAAAAAACCUUCGACGAAACGCUUAUCAUUAAUGAAAAGAAAAAUGAAUCACCGAGAGCUUUACAUGAAAGAAGAAUUAAAGCUGUUGGUGAAGAAUUGAAAAACAACAAGUUCAGUCCAUUGGGAUCUAGGAAUCAGCCCUUAAGGAAAUCUCUUCCUUCAUUACUCAGUAAAAGUAAUGAAGAAAAAGAUGAGUUUCAAGAAGAGCUUAAAAAAGCCACGAGUAAAAUAAGGAAGGAAAUAGGAAGUAAAUUAAUUAUAAGCGAAAAUAAAACUAGUCAAAACGAUAGAACGAGUUCACAAAAAACCAACCCAACGAGAGUGGUGCAGAGCAAAGUCAAAGAAUCUAGUCUCAAAACAAGCAACGCUAAACAGGAUUCUAAAAUAACCAAUCACGUCGCUAGGAGGCCGUUAAGUCGGCUCAAUGAAAGUAAACCUAAAACAUCCCCGCAGGUGAAAACAAAAAGUAAUGACGUCAGAAAACAUAACUUCGAAAGUAAAGAAAAUGUAAGAACACUCCCCGAUAGAGGACAGGCCUCUGGAAAAGAAUCGACUCCUGAACAUUCACCGACCAGGAACAAAAGUAGCAAGGAUGGGGUGUCAGAGAGACAAAGGUCUGCACCAUCGAAGCAGUUUUACUUCGGUAUGAUAGAAAGCAAAAAUACCGAGCCGCAAGAUCAUUUGAAAGACUUUCCCGGCCUCGGUAGUCCCAUCAUAGAAGAGCUGAGUAAUUUUCACGUCAUCGAACAGAAACUAUUGGGGUACCAUUCCGAGGACGAAAUGGACAAGUUCAAUGAGAAAUUAAAACAACACUACAAAAGAAAUUUGUCUUCGGAAUCAGCAUUAUCAUCAGAUGGUUCGGAAGGCGAGGGCUCGGAUGGUUCGCUGGGUAUCGCCCUCCGCUUGAGACCGACUCUUCCGAAGAAGCUGCCUAAUGCUCCACGUUUCUCUCCAGCCGCGGCCUGGAGACAGCUUGCCACUUUGGAUGCUCAUCUUGCAGAAACUCAGCCACUAGCAGUAGAAACCAAAAUGUCAGGCGUAAUAUCGGCAGAAUCAUCGCCAAGAUCAGAACAAUCUGCGGAUAAGUCUGGGGACUCCGGUAUUUCUGGUGACCACGGCCACAGCGAUCACAGGAUUGACUCUCCUGGCCAUGUGGUGGAGCAGGCGACAUGGACACCGCAGCAAGAUCUCGGAGACAGCAGCUCGGACGGCGCGGGCGGUGGGGCGGGGGACGGGGGGAACUCCAGGGAACCCGCGGCCUUCAGCCUCAGUCUGCCGCGGGAAGACAGGUUUAAAGGCGUGUCGUGCUUCUACGAAUGCUUCCAGGGAAAACAGCUGCAGCAUGGGUUCAACAGCCUCCAGAAAUUAAGAAAAUCAGUUUCCGGAGCGUUAGGAGUCGCUCUCGGUUCCAGAAGAUUCGACUUAGAACACGAACCGAUGCUAGAAGAACCCGAACAGAAUUGGUUCCUAACCAAAUCUGCUCCUAACUCUCUCAGUAACCCGCUACUGUACCACCAUCCGCUCAGAACAAAGGUGUCCGACGACAAUCUGAAAGACGAAUCUUUAUUGUCUACUGAUAAGCCUCAAGACGAUGGUCGUUGGCGCACUAAUUCCUACGUGAGUUGGAGCGGCCGUGGCAUGUACCUGCCUCCAGCCCUGGACACCCCGUCCGUUGCUGUGAACUCAAUGGAGAGACCCGUACGGAGCAAGUCAUCAGGGUCGUUGGUGGCGGCGGCGCGGGCGGCGAGGGCGGCGGCCCUGGCGGCGGAGAUGAGGGAACGAGAGAGGUCCGCCUCACCACCACCCGUCAGAGCUGAACCGGCACGGGUUCUCUCCACGCGUAACUCGAGCACCAGUCGCGGCAAGCGGUUCACGUUCCAGUCUACAGUGAGACAGCUCGAAAGACGGCGGCUGGCUGAGAAGCUGUCCAAAGAGGCUGACCUCAAAGAGCAGCAGAGACUCACCGAGCUGGAGGCCAUGAGGAGGGUUGAGGAAGAGUUUCAGCGGAAGAGGGCCAGAGAGAAGGCCAACAUUCGCCAGCAGCUCCGGCUGGUGACCAGCGGAGCGAACAGCAUGCCGUCCCCUACACACAAUAAUAAGUCGAGAGAUGAUCCCGAUGGUUCAUGUCGGGAGUCUUCGGCUGUGGACCGACGAGACGGCAGGCUCCGACACAGCAACGCCUCCUCGGAGAUCAGCGGCCGGAGCAAGAGCAGCACGCCGAUCCGUUGUGUGGAACUCUCCGAGUGGCGCACGUGUCCGUCGGCCCGCGUGUACCGCGACUGGUCAGGUCCGGGACCUGCGCACGCGCAUCCCCCGGCAUGUGCGCGCAUGCCCAAGACACACGGACACACACACCACAACGGUCUGGAGAGUGAGGCAUUCAGCGGCAGCCCUCGCUCGGACAACUAUCGCCUGGAGUUCGCCCGCGGACGCUCCCCCCGUUCUCCCCCGCGCACCCCUCACUCCCCCAGCACACCCCGCACCCCGCGACCACCCCGCCUCACCCCUCGUUCACCGUCCUCCACCUCAGGAUCAGACCUGUCAAUAAGACAGCCCAUUAAGAUCAGGUGGUGAAAACGAGUAGACUUUACUAACUAACAGCCUUACGACCGACGCCGCUGAACGGUGAGUGCUUACUAAAGCUUGUCCAGUAAGAGAUGCCGCCAUUUUAUAUGAUCUGUUAAAAUGUCCGUAAGCAGUGUGCAUGACCUGCAUGAACAUACGUAUAGAACGGGUACUGCUAUAUAUAGUUAGUGAUAAUUUUUUGCAUGUAUUUAAAUACUUUAACUUGUCGACUAAACGAAUACUUUUAAUAAAAUAUUUAAAAAACAUAGAUUUGUAUGGGACAUUAGAUUUUGGACUUCCGUGGACCAGUUUACAUAGAUAUGUAUAAUUUUUAACCAGUGAGCCGCACAUCAGAGAUAUGACGAAGGAAGAGGAUGCAGUGGAGACAACUAUCAUACCGACCAUAAGACCAGGCCGGCCGGGCCCGCCGGACCGGUCGCUGGCAGUGCGCUGAUGGCAAUUAUUAUAUACGAACAAUACGUAAAGAAUCUCCGAGUAUCUACACUCUAGGGAGUCUUAAUUGAACACGAAAUUCUUAUUAUAAUUUAAGUGUAGUAAUAGUUAUCACUUAUCACCGAUGCAAUAAUUAUCGUCUUCCGUGUAAGCAAAAUAUUUGAGCUUUAAUCUAGACUAAACUGUAAUACUAACUCGUAGACUUAUCGAAGGUGCUAAGAUAAUAUAUAGAAUAUAGUCCACACUGCGCGUUGUGUGGGAAAAUGUUAUAUUCUUAUUUUUAGAGAGACUGCCAGUCCAUAAUUUUUCAUAUUUUCCCCAACUGAAUAUAGUUUUAAGAUCCUUAAUAUCCAUGAAUUAUUCGAUGUGAAACUACUCGUAAUGUCGUCCACGAGCCAGCACUUACACAUCGUGACCGACUAAUGAUGCUUUUGAUCGAUUGUUCACAUUAUUUUCAGGAACUCUAUAUAAUUUCCACCUGUAUAUGGCGUACCUACCUAUAUUACUUCAUUGUUAAACAAAUUUCUUUCAGAGCGUGUGUUUUUUAUGUAAAUAGUUUUAAUGCAGGAAGGCAAUUCUUUGGUGCAAUAUUCAUAUACAAUACGCUGAUAAUGUCUUGGGCUCUGACGUUUUUUUUCCUCGACAAAAACGUUUUCCUCGACUUGUAAUAAACUGUGCUGGAAUUGCUCAAUGUAUUGUUAAUCAAGUAUCUAGUUACAUUAUAUUUGUAUUUAAUCGGGGUAAAGACACCCUUAUUUAUUUUAUUUGUUCGUCUUUUUUAAUACAUAACGUAUCACUAAGAUGGUAUUAGUACAUAUAUAACUUAGGAUAAGCGCUGUACAUAGGAGUGAAUGUAUAUUUGUGAAGACGUCUCUAAUAAACAUUGGUACUUA